AUGAAGUCUGUAAGGGGAAGUUUACUAUACUCGCACAAAAGUGGUGAACCCAAUGUUGAUUUCUUAGAUGAUAUAAGAAAAAGCAUGGAAACGAAAAAAGAAGAUAACUCAGAGAAAUAUAUUUACAUAACAAGCGAAAACAAUAUGCAUAAAAGAUUAAAGCAAGGAAAGAGAACUUAUACACCAAGAGGAAACUCCGGACAGCCAACGUAUGAUUAUGCGUAUGAUGCAAGAAGAGAUAAAUGUUCUCAUGAGGAUUUAUCUAGAGGAGGAGUUUAUAUAACAACAGAUGGCUUUACUGACCAAAUUGGCAGAUCGGCCCAGGAGAAAUUGGAAGUAGAAGAUAGUUCUGUGAAGACAGCUGACAGAAUGGACACACAGAAAUUGUUUGCAAAGGAUAUAUCUAGAAAUUUAAUUGAUUUGCUGAGUAGGGAAGAAUUGAUGAAAAAUGAGCAUCUAAUGAACAAAAUGUAUUUAACGUGCACUAAGAGUUUAUAUAGAAAGAUGCAGUACCUAUAUGAAUGCGGUUUAUUGGGCAGCCAUAGGUUGGAAUCAAAACCUGAAAAUGACAAUGGUGUGUAUAUAACAGAGGAAAAUAGCUUAUUUAAAAGGAUUAAUAACCUAAAUAACGAUGGGUUUACACCCAUUGAACCUAAGUCAACGAUAGUUGAUGAAUAUGCGAAUAAGUUAUAUUUAACGUGUCAGAAUAGUUUAUUUAAAGAAAUUCAUAGUGAUAAAAAGAGCGGUUUACAACAUGUGAAGGAAGUGUUGAAAGAAAAAAGAGAAAUCCAAAAGGCAGAGGAAUUUGCAAAGGAAAAAAUAUUGCCAAAGGAAAAAAAAUGCACCUUAUAUAUAUACAUGGAUGAUAAGAUGAAGAAUAAAGAUCUAGAAUCGAAAGAAAAAGAUUGGGUUCUAUAUAGACACAUUAAGGAUGGCGAAAUAAAGGUUGAAUUAUUAGAGGAUUUACAGACAAUGAAUGAAGUUGAUAUGGCAGCCGUUGAUUCGGUAUAUGAAGAGACAGAAGAAACCCUUAUGAAAAAUGUCAUGGAACCACGGAAAAAAAACACAAAAUCGGAUAGAAGACAGAAAGAAGAACCUCUUAUCAAAAGUGUCAAGGAACUACCAAAAAAAAUGACCAAACGGAAUAUAAGAGAAACUAUAAAAAAAGUGGCCAAAUAUGGUAUUCCAGGGGCAUUGGCAGUAAUCGCCUUACCAUUCCUAGUGAUGAAAUAUGUUGAGUUAGCUCGAAUAAGUCUUAUAAUAGAUACUCAAUUAGCAGGAUUUUCAACUGGUCUAGGUACAGCAAUAGAGAAUGUACACAGUGUGCCGGUAUCAACUGGAAAUUGUGCAGUUGAAGCGAUAGGUAAUAUUAUGACAAUCUUUUUAGGGGGCUGGGGCAGCAUCAUGUCAUCCGUAAGGUCGAGUGUAACUUGUGCAGCGAAUGUUGCAAAAGAAGCUACAGAAGUUAUAAGUACCGCAGUAGUUGAUGGCACCGCUGCGGGUACUGCAGCCGGAGUAUCACACAUAAUGAUUCAGUUUGUAUUGGAGCUAUCUUUUAUCCUUGCUGUUGUCAUGAUUAUUGAGGUUCUUUUCCAAAUAUUUCUGUAUCUGGAUAAUAGGGGGCACCUGGAUUUUAUUGAUAAAUACAAAAGACGUUUCAAAUGCUUCAAGGUUGAAAGAAAAUACAGAAUGCGUAAGGGAAUAUACUUAUAG